AUGGUGGUGCUUUUGUUGCUGUCACGUGACUGCCAGAAGCUAGCCUACAGCGUAAAGGCAGAGGCUCGAGUGACUCUGGGAACUCGUCCUCCAUGUUCUGGACCUGAACACGGUCAGCUGUGGUUCAACGCUCAGAGGAAAGAACUGUUGAUCUGUGACGGAAUCACAUGGAGGACGCUGCUGCAGAAUCAGCGGCGCCUGGACUACGUGGAGGACUACCAGGAUCUGUACACCAGCUCUGAAACCUUUGACAUGGAGGUCUUCUCCAUCCCGUCUGAAGGCCUGUUCAUGGCUGCAGCUAACAGGGACUCUCGGCCCGGUUCUGGGAUCUACAAAUGGAGAGACGGGUCAUUCCAGCUGUACCAGAACAUCAGCACUCAGGAGGCUCGAGCCUGGAAACACUUCACCAUCGACGACAAG